AUGUUUAAAAUUAAUUAUUCUCAAAGUUGUCCUAACUUAAAAAAUGACAAAUGUAACAAAAAGGAUUAUGACAUUGCACUAUUAUUUGGAAUUCCGAGUCAAAAAUUAAUUACUAAUGUAUUCUUUUGUGAAAUUAAAGAAUAUCUUGAUGUUGCCAGCUUUAUUUACUCAUCUAUUACUGCUGACAUUUAUUUAACUUCUGUUGUUACUCUAAAAAAUUCUGUUACUAAAUCAAAUUUGGAUUUUGACAAAUUGGCUAUUUUUACAAUCUCUAAAAAAGAACCAGAAUUUAUAUCUAAUGUAUCUAUAGAAGAUUUUAAAAAUGAGUCUGUUUCUUUUCUGGAAAAGUCUAAUAAAUUAGAUUUAUACACACCAGAAAAUUCUUCAAUUUUUUAUUUAAAAUAUGAUCUCAAAUUAUUUUUUGAUGGAACUAAUGAGGAUUAUGAGAUAGAAAGGCACUUGAAUCAACUUUCAUCAAGUGUUUUUAUUUGUGAAUCUGAAAAUAUUAUUAUAAAUAAUAAAACAGAGGAUGAAAAAAAUGUUUUGGUAUUAGAAAAAAUAAUGAAAGAUGGUAAACAACUAGUAUUCAAAACUUAUUAUCUAUCUCCGGAGUCAAAUGUUGAACAGAAAAUUGUUCCAACAAUAAGGCAAAUAGAUGGAAAAUUUAAUGUAUCAUAUAUAAAUACUCCUAUAACAGUACUUCUUCCAUCUUGUUCCGAUCAACUUAAAACAAUUCAUUCACAGAUGAAAGAAGCAAUCAUGAGAAUAUUAUUACAGAUGAAAUUAUUUUAUAAAAUUCAUAAAAAAUUUAUGGAAAUUCAUUGUGGUACAUAUCAUCUAUUAAAUACAAAUACUCUUGUUAAUAUAAUUAAUUUAAAUACUGAAAAUGAGGAAGAAAAUAUGGCGUACAGAAAAUAUUUUCAUAAUAUAUUUAAUUUAAAUUUAGACAUUCCAGUAUUUAGAAUUUCUCAGGCAUUUGGUUCGUUAAAAGAAAAAUCACAUCAUUUACAAAAUCCACAUUUAUCCAUAAAAUAUGAUCCUCAGGGAGAGUGUGCUAUACUUAAAGGAAAUUAUGAAUAUCGUCAUUAUUUACAAGAUAGUUUUAAUGAUUCUGGAUGGGGUUGUGCAUAUAGAUCAUUUCAAACUGUAUGGUCAUGGUUUCUUCUUCAAGAUUUUACUGAUAAGCCUGUUCCUACACAUCGUGAGAUACAACAAUGUUUAUACAAUAUUGGAGAUAAAGAUGCAAGUUUUGUUGGCUCAAGACAAUGGAUAGGUUCAACUGAAAUUUCAUUUUGUUUAGAUUCAAUGCUUGGUAUCAGUUCCCGUAUAUUAUCUGUUAACUCUGGUAGUCAAAUGAAUGAACUGGCACGUGAAAUUUUAUUCCAUUUAAAAAAUAAUGGAGCACCAAUAAUGAUUGGUGGUGGUCAGUUAGCUCAUACUAUUAUUGGUAUUGACUUUAACAGUUCAACUGGAGAUUGUAACUUUUUAAUCCUAGAUCCACAUUACACUGGUAAAGAUGAUAUUCAAACAAUUAUAAAAAAAGGUUGGUGUGGUUGGAAAAAUAUGGAUUUCUGGAGGAAAGAUAGUUUCUAUAAUUUAUUAUUACCCAUUAAUCCUGUUGUUAACUGUUAA